GGUAAUUAAUCUCUACGCUUCUCUAUCUGCAAUUACUCCUUGAGAGCAUCUCUCUCUAGAAUAUUGAGUAUUGCUGACUUGAGCGUUAGAGUGUUUUCCCCGAGGAAACAACCUCGGGAUUUUCAGGUGUAGAAGCAGCUGAAGACUUCAACAGUGUUGAAUUGUGAAGCUGCCCAAACAUUUGGCGUCGUCUGUGGGAACCUGAGCAAGAAGUCGUGCAGCUUAACCUGCUGAAAGACAAAAUGGUUCGAACCUUUACAGGAGGUCGCCCCCCAAGAAAUGAGAUGGACAAACAGGAGGACGCUCAAGUAUUUGAGCCCGGUUUGAAUGACUUUAGGCCGAUGCCAAGAAACCUCUUCGUCGGGGAAGCCGAACAGGAGCACCUAAGUGAAACGGAUGAUGAACGAACACCAACUAGGUAUGCAACCCAGCCUGAACAAUUCCAAGUUCUAACAGGAACAAGACAAAAACCUUCUAGACCACACUAUUCACAGCAUGAACGACCUGAAUGGUCAACAGAGCCUGCUCGGACAACCGAGCUCGAAGGGAGAACCAGAGUCCUCGAAAUGGCAAUGGGAAAAAUCCUUGCCCGCCUAAUUCCUGACGACCCCCUGAUUCCUUUGUUGAACAGGGAUGCACAACCGGCUGCGGUUGUUGCAACUCGAAACUCCCCCGCUCUAAGCAACAUAAUAGUACCGACCAGGCCCAGGGGAAGUGGGAAGCUGAAUAUCGAGCCCAGCUCGUCCAAACACAGUGAAGAACUGAUGAGAAAGAACGCGGACCUUGAGAGACAGCUACAGGACGUGCAAAAGUCUAUUGACGAGCUGAAAAGUCCCAGGUCGCAUCAACAGACUCUGGAUUUAGAUAGUGCCCCACUAAACUUAUCCAUCACAGCGGAGCCGUAUCAAGAGGGGUUCAAAAUCCCCCACUUAGAGACGUAUGACGGCUCGGGUGACCCGGAUGAACAUUUACACACCUAUCAGGCCAUCAUGAGAAUCCAAAAUGCUAACGACGCUAUGAUGUGCAAAGUGUUCCCGGCAACCCUGAAGUCAACAGUCAGAAGAUGGUACCACAAAGUCCCCAGACACUCUAUAGAUUCAUACUCCCAGCUCGCCAAGCUGUUCUCCAACAAAUUUGCGAGCCAAAGGGAGAUUAAACGCACGGCGACCGAGCUGAUGCAAGUUCACCAGAAAGAGGGGGAAUCUUUGAGGGACUACAUGCAGCGAUUCAACAAGGCUACUUUAGAUAUUGAUAACGUCCCUGAUACCAUCUGCUUGUCUGCCCUGCUGCACGGUUUGAAACGUGGCAGGUUCCUAGAUGACUUACUAGAAAAUCCACCAAAGACGUGGAACGAAGUCAAUGACAGGUCAGCUAGCUUUAUACUGUCAGAGGACUUUCAGUCGUCGAAGCGGCGAGCUGAUGACAAACAAAGCAAAGGCCAGGAACAGCUACUAAGAAGAAAGGAUAAGAAAAAGCAGAAAGUUAAUGAGCCGUGGGGGAAGCCGGCUGAAUUCCCAAAAUAUGCUAACUACGUCCCUCUGACCUUGCCAAGGUCUCAAAUUCUGACACAAAUCCAACACUGGAUUAGAAGGCCCCCACCCCCGUUGCAUGAUUCUCCGAGGGCAGACAAGAGCAAGCAUUGUGACUAUCAUCGUGUAUACGGUCACAACACAGAAGACUGCCAGCACUUAAAGGACGAGCUAGAGUUCUUAGCUCGCACUGGGAAAUUAGAGGGGUAUCGGCUCGGCAACACGCAGGACAUGUAUCAAGAUAAUCAAUACAUUUCCGAGCCAGGCAGAGCAUACAAAGGCCGCCAAUUCAAUAGGCGAAGCCAGGGUCAGAGACCUGCCACCCAAAGUCAAAAAGACAAAAGAGGAGUUGGGUGCACCGCAAUACCUCCGUCGUCUGGUACAAUUAAUAUGAUCUCUGGCGGUAUGCAUUCAGGGGGCCAAAGUGCCCGAGUCCGCAAGGCAUACGCCCGACAGGUGAUGACCGUCAAUAAAAACCAACCUUUGAAGCGGCCAUUUGAGGAAGCGGAAUGGGAGGCUGCAGCUAUCACAUUCAGCCCGGCAAAUUAUAAGCGGGCAAACGGAGAACCCGACGUUGUAAUGCCUCAUGCAGAUCCAUUUGUAACAAUGGUUCAUAUAGGCAAUCAUAACGUCAACAAGGUCUUCAUUGAUACGGGCAGCUCGCCAGAUAUCCUUUACUGGAGCUGCUUCCAGAAGAUGCAGUUGAACCCGAGCUCACUGCAAAAAUAUGAGGGACCCAUAUACGGGUUCGAUAAUCAGCCUGUCCCGGUGGAAGGGGUCAUAACUCUACCCAUCUAUGUGGGCUUAGAACCGCGCUUCAGGAUGGCUUCAGUCAGCUUCUUGGUCGUCAAAAUGGAGUCAGCCUUCAACGCCAUAUUAGGAAGGGCUACUCUGUGCGAGCUGAAGGCCACAAUGAGCAUAGCUGACAUCGAACAUAGACCUGAGGGCGUCGAACAGAAGGCAGAGCCGGUGGAGCCAAUAGAAACUGUACCUUUAGACACUAACGUGCCAGAAAGGACAGUUAAGAUCGGUACCAAGCUCACAGAAACAGAGCGGGCAGAACUUCUGGAGUUCUUAAGGAUUAAUCAGGAUGUAUUUGCGUGGGCUACAGAUGAAAUGCCCGGCAUUCCAGCUGAGUUGACGGUCCACAAACUCAGCACGGAUCCCACCAGACGUCCGGUAGUUCAAAAACGUCACCUUUUUGGCCCAGAAAAACAAGCUGCUAUAGACGAGAAGAUACAAAAGCUGCUGCAGGCAGGCUUCAUCAGGAGAGUGGAGUACUCCGAGUGGGUAUCUAACCCCGUGCUCGUCAAAAAGCCAAAUGGCAAGUGGAGGAUGUGUGUUGACUUCACCAACCUCAAUGAUGCGUGUCCAAAAGACCCUCAUCCCUUGCCAAAUGUGGAGAAGUUGGUAGAACAAGCAGCUGGACACGAACGGAUGAGCUUUCUUGACGCCAGCUCAGGUUAUCAUCAGGUUCAAUUGCUGUUAGACGACCAGGAGAAAACUGCUUUCUACGCAGGUGAUGCUAUUUAUUGCUAUAUGAUGAUGCCAUUUGGCCUGAAAAAUGCUGGCGCCACAUAUCAGAAGCUGGUACAAAUCGUCUUCAAGCUCCAGAUUGGCAGAAACAUAGAAGUGUAUGUGGAUGACAUGAUAGUCACCAGCGUGCGAGCCGAAGACCACAUAGGCAACCUGAACGAGACCUUUCAAAAUUUGCGCCGAGCACAAAUGAAACUGAACCCUAUGAAAUGCACGUUUGCUUUGGAAUCAGGGAAAUUCUUAGGAUACGUGGUAUCCAAAAAAGGAAUUGAAGUGAAUCCAAACAAGGUUCAGGCCGUUCAGCAGAUGGAGCCUCCCAGGACCGUGAAAGAUGUACAGCGUCUGACAGGUCGUAUAGCUGCAUUACACAGGUUUAUAGCCAGGUCGGCUGAAAGGUGCCUCCCGUUCUUUAAAGCUCUGCGAGAGCCUAAAAACUUCCAGUGGACUGAUGAAUGUCAACAGGCGUUUGACGAACUCAAACAGUAUCUGGCAUCCGCACCCCUGCUAUCCAAGCCCGCGGAAGGGGAGAGUUUAUACAUGUACCUGGGGGUUACAGAAGAGGCAGUGAGCUCAGUUCUGCUCAGGGAAGAGAAAAAAAGCCAGAAGCCCAUCUGCUAUGUGAGCAAGGUUUUGCAGGGUGCCGAGCAGAAUUACCCACUAGCAGAAAAGGCUGCUUUUGCCCUAGUUUACACAGCUCGUAAAUUGAGGGCUUACUUCCAAUCGCACCAGAUCGUUGUUUAUACCGAUUUACCAUUGAGAAAAAUACUGCAGAAACCUGAACUCUCUGGUUGGCUUAUUGGGUGGAGUGUCGAGCUGAGUGAAUAUGACCUAAAAUUUCGGCCGCGCACAACCAUAAAAGGCCAGGUCGUUGCGGACUUUCUGGUGGAGUGCAUCUCAAUGAUUAAGGAAGAAAAAGCGCUCGAACACCCAGUCUGGGUUUUGUAUGUUGAUGGAGCAGCUAACGUUGAAGGGUCGGGCGCUGGGGCUGUAUUGUUGGGCCCAGAGGGCUUUAAAUCCGAGCACGCAUUAAGGUUUAAGUUUCAGACGACAAAUAACGCUGUAGAAUAUGAAGCCCUCAUUUACGGCCUGAAGCUGGCGUCCGAGCUGAAAGUGCAAAGCAUUCAGGUCUUUAGCAACUCUCAGCUCGUUGUGGGCCAGGUGAAUGGCAGUUGUGACAUCAGGGAUCCACAGCUCAAUCGUUAUGCCUCUGUGGUCAACAGAUUGAAGUCGCUAUUUACCCUUUUCCAAUUUGAUAAAAUACCGAGAGCAGAUAACCACCGAGCUGGCGAGCUAUCAAAGUUGGCCUCCUCGUUGGACGUUAAUCCUCAGAGAUCAACGAUUGUCGAGGUACUCGAUGCACCGAGCUACACUGAUUUUGCAGUCGAGUGUCAACUGUUAAGCACAGAUCCCUCUACACCGAGCUGGACCACCCCACUCAUAAAUUAUCUACAAAGUGGCGAGCUACCUGAAGACCUGUCCGUUGCGAAAGUGGUUAAACGCAGGGCGGCACAUUUCACUUUAAUAGAUAACCAACUCUACAAACGAGCAACCUCAAUGCCCCUAUUACGCUGCCUUACUCCUUAUGAAGCGGAAUACGCUGUGAGGGAAGUUCACAAGGGCGUAUGCGGCACGCAUAUCGGCAGCAAAACUUUAGCUCGGAAACUCUUGAGGCAUGGUUAUUACUGGCCCACUAUGGUUGAGGACGCGCAAGGCUAUGUCAAAAAAUGUCCGACCUGCCAGUUCAAUGCUGAUGAUAUACACAUGCCAGGGGAAAUGCUAUCAUCUCUUUCGUCUCCCUGGCCCUUUGCUCAAUGGGGUGUCGACCUGCUCGGCCCUUUCAUCAAAGGCAAAGGAGGCUGCACUUUCCUGGUCGUUGCAGUGGAUUACUUCACUAAAUGGAUAGAGGCUAAACCAUUGUCCACGACAACGGAAAAGAAAAUAGAAGAUUUCUUGUUCAAUUCAAUAUUGUGCAGGUUCGGCAUACCUAAGCGGAUUAUCGCCGAUAAUGGGCCACAGUUCCGAGCAGCAGCACUGAGGUCGUUCUGCGACGACUAUGGCAUUGAGCUCUCGUUAACGUCUGUGUACACCCCGCGGUCAAACGAACAGGCUGAGUCUGCCAAUAAGAUAGUUUUGCGAGGCCUCAAGACACGUGUUAUAUCUGCACGUUCUAACUGGGUUGACGAGCUCAAUAAAGUUCUUUGGUCAUGUCGCACAACACCCAGCUCGGCUACAGGCGAAACCCCGUUCAGCCUGGCAUAUGGAGCUGAGGCCAUCAUCCCUGUCGAGGUCGGGCUGCCAUCUGUUAGAUCAGGUCAUCAUGACGACCAGAAUAAUGGGCAACUCUUAAGAGAAAACCUAGACCUAGUGGAGGAAGUCAGGGAAAUGGCUCGAAUUAGAAACAUGGCACACCAAAGCAGUGUAGCGAGAUUCUACAAUAAAAGGGUCCGAGAUCGUCAGUUUCAGGUUGGCGAUCUGGUAUUACGUAAGGCUGGAUUAACUAACACAUAUUCCCACAUGGGCAAGCUCACUCCUAAUUGGGAAGGUCCAUACAUGGUUGCUCAGGUUAACCGACCUGGAUCUUACGUAUUAGCAGAUAUGAACGGGCGCCAGUUACCGUUCACAUGGAACGUUCAGAACCUUAGAAAAUUUUACAGUUGAUUUGUAUUAUCGUGGAAAGUUUGAAUAAUGUAUGAGCAAUUAU